AUGAGUUGGGCAUGCCUAUGUGAUCUGAUGAGUGGAGUCAAUAAAUAUUCAACAGGAAUUGGAAGAAUUUGGAUAGCAGUUGUGUUCAUAUUCCGCUUAUUGCUUUACAUUGUGGCUGCAGAAAGCAUCUGGAAAUACGAACAUGAUGAAUUUGAAUGCAACAUCAGGCAGCCUGGUUGUGAAAACGUCUGCUUUGACCAUUUUUUCCCUGUCUCACACAUCAGACUUUGGGAUUUGCAAUUAAUUAUGGUCUCCACCCCUUCACUCUUGGUUGUUUUUCAUGUUGCUUACCGAGAGAACAGAGAGAAACACCACAACCAGAAACUUUAUAGAAGUUCAGGGGAGCCAGAUGGUGGAUUGCUGUGCACUUACCUUGUCAGCCUUAUUUUAAAAACAGGAUUUGAAAUAGUUUUCCUUGUUCUGUUUUAUAAAUUGUACAAUGGUUUCAAAGUACCACGUCUUGUGAAAUGUGACAUAAGACCCUGUCCCAAUACUGUAGACUGCUAUAUUUCCAGACCCACAGAGAAGACGAUUUUCCUCUAUUUUCUGGUGGCAACUUCAUGCCUGUGCAUUGUAUUAAAUCUAAGUGAACUGAGUUAUCUCAUUUUCAAAUACUCCAUAAAAUGUUAUCUGAAGAGAUACAUCAAGAAACGUCAUGGCUCAAAAAGUGAUUGCCACAAAUCAGAACUCAUCAGUCAGAACAGACCAGCAAGCGCAGAGGGAGCCUGUGCCAUCAAUAGAGCACAACCACCGAGUUUAUCUGUAAGAUCACAAUCUCACUUCCCUUUCAGAAAGUGCCUUGUUUAUUCAGUUUUUAACGGUAUGGCAUAA